GCCUUGUUAACGAAAAUCGGAAACUUGCGUUACCGUGUAGUCCCGGAGUUUUUGAGCGCCUUGGUCAUGUGACUUAGCCGGAAGUGGGAAGUUGAUUCAGGAAGAGUUCUCGUACACUGUUUAUUCUUUGUAUUUUAUUUUAAUUCAUUUAAGUGUCUACAAUAGAUAUGUGGCGAGCUGGAGUUGAUGUGAAGUCUUCAUCAAAUGGUGCUGAUGAUGAUGAUUGGGAAACUGAAGCAGAUUUUGAGAAUGAUGUUAGUGAACAGGAACAGCGAUGGGGUGCUAAAACUAUAGAAGGUUCAGGUCAUCAAGGGUCAUUAAAUUUAAAGGAUUUGAGGAACCAAGUAGCUACUGAUGAUGACAAAAAGAAGAAAGAUGAGUAUGAAAAAGGUCCUAAGGCAUCUGAGGGAUAUGGUGGAAAGUUUGGGGUGAUGAAGGACAGAAUGGAUAAGUCGGCUGUGGGUCAUGAAUAUCAAGCAGAUUUAUCUAAACAUGCUAGUCAGACUGAUGCAGCUAAAGGAUUUGGUGGCAAAUACGGAGUUCAGCAAGACCGGAAAGAUAAAGCUGCUAUGGGUUAUGACUACCAAGGAAAGACAGACAAGCACGCUUCUCAGAAAGAUUAUUCUACUGGUUUUGGUGGAAAGUAUGGUGUACAGAAAGAUAGAGUAGAUAAAUCAGCUGUUGGUUAUGAUUAUAAAGAGCAACUAGGAAAACAUGAAUCACAAACAGAUGGUUCUAAAGGCUUUGGGGGUAAAUAUGGGGUUCAAACAGACAGAAAAGAUAAGAGUGCUGUUGGUUAUGAAUACCAGGGAAAAGUAGAUAAACAUGACUCACAGAAAGACUAUUCUAAAGGCUUUGGGGGUAAAUAUGGGGUGCAAACAGAUAGAGUGGACAAAUCAGCACUUGGUUAUGAUCAUCAAGAAAAACUUGAAAAACACGAGUCUCAGACAGACUAUUCUAGAGGCUUUGGGGGUAAAUAUGGGGUACAAACAGAUAGAGUGGACAAAUCAGCAUUUGGCUGGGACCACCAGGAAAAGUUACAAAAACAUGAAUCUCAGACAGACCAUUCUAAAGGUUUUGGUGGUAAAUAUGGUGUACAGAGAGACAGAGUAGAUAAAUCAGCUGUUGGUUAUGAUCAUAAAGAGCAGCUAGGAAAACAUGAGUCACAAACAGACCAUUCUAAGGGAUUUGGUGGAAAGUAUGGUGUACAAACAGACAGAGUUGACAAAUCAGCAGCAGGUUAUGACAGUAAAGAAGAUAUGGCUUUACAUUCAUCACAAACAGAUUCCAAAAAAGGAUUUGGUGGCAAAUUUGGAGUAGAGGACAGAAGUGAUCAGUCUGCUGGUGGUUAUGGUGAUAUGCAAGGAGCAUCAACGACCUAUCAAAAGACAAGAGCUAAUUCAAGUUCAGAUGGUGCUAAAAAUUUAAGAUCAAAAUUUGAAAAUAUGGCAAAGGCAGGUGAAGAAGAGUCAAAGAAAAGAUCAGAGGAAGAAAAAGCUAGACGGAAGGCAAGAGAAGAGAGAGAAUCAGAAGUAUCAAGAAAACAAGAAGAGGAAAGACAGAACCAAGAAAGAUGGGAUAGAGAGCAAGCAGAUGCUGCAUCAGCACAAUCACAACAACAAGAGGAGGAGGAGGAAACAGUCAUGGUGCCCAACCCAGACUACUCUGGUACCAGUGCACAGGAGGACUAUGAACCUGAUGCAUAUGGGGAUGUAGCAGCACCAACCGAGAUACAGGAGGAAGAACAAGAUGAAUAUGAUGAUGUUCAGCAGUACAAACAGGAACCAGUAGAAGAACCAACGCAUCAAGAUAAUGAGUCAACAGAACAAGAUAAUGAACCAGCCCCACAGGUCUCGUCAGGAGAAGGUGGAAAAACUGCUAUUGCUUUAUAUGAUUACCAAGCUGCUGAUGACGAUGAAUUAACCUUUGACCCAGAAGACCUCAUAACAAAUAUUGAAAUUAUUGAUGAAGGUUGGUGGAGAGGUGAAUGUCAUGGUAAAUCAGGACUUUUCCCAGCUAACUACGUAGAAUUACAGCAGUAAAACAUUCCAGUGCCAAAAUCUAUGCAUACCAGUGUAAAUGUGUGUGUAUGAAUGUAUAAUUAUAAAAACCGCAUGUAUGUGAUAAUUUGUAUAUAUUGGGAUAUAAAUGAAUUGUUUUAUGUGAUAAGACAAGAUCAAAUGAUUUGAACAUAUGACAUGUGAAAAUUAAAUUGUUUACUAUUAUGCCUUCAUUUAUGGGUAAAAAUGCUGAAUUGCAUUUUACACUUAAUUUUAUAAGUACACUUUACACUUUCAUUAAAUACAUUUCAUAAUUA